GACGCCAGGACAGCGGAGUCAAUCACCACCUUCCGGAGACACCUGAAACCCCACCUCUUUAAGGAAUACCUAGGAUAGGAUAAAGUAAUCCUUCUCCCCCCCCCCCUUAAAAGAUUUAGAUGCACUACUGUUCCACUGGAUGUCAUAAGGUGAAUGCACCAAUUUGUAAGUCGCUCUGGAUAAGAGCGUCUGCUAAAUGACUUAAAUGUAAUGUAAUGUAAAUGUAGAGGCCGGUGUGUCUGUUGUCCCUUGUCUGUGCUCUUGUAGAAUACUGGUUGAGGGGUGGAGAUGAUGUAGUUAAUUAUUCCUUGCCCACGAACAUUUGACCACCCAUCAGAGAUUAUUGCAAUACAGUCUGCUUUCUCUAUGAUUUUCUUGACCCCUUGAACUCUGUUGAACUCUGUAUCCAGCAAAUAGUAGAUAAAGCAUGUCUGGUUGGAGGGGUGUAUGCUGGGCAAAGAACAUUCAGAAAUCUCUUCCAAUACACAAUGCCUGUGAGCAUCACAGCAGAGGUUUGAGUUUAUUUUAUUUUUACAGGGACAGUGCACAUUAAUCAACGUUUCACUAAAAGUGACGGUUUUAGCCAGCUGGCUAAUUUUCAACCGCAGUCCCUGGGCACGUUAUUAAAAACAAUUACAAUAUAGACAAUCAUUGAGCAGUGAGCACACGCAGAGCAACAUAGGACAAGCAAGACACAGCAUAUAGACAGAGUGGUUAGAAUGGAUACUUCAAAGUACCAUUCAGAAAUGUUCUCAUAGAAUAGAUGCUUUGGCGGUAGUCUGUUCUUGUCCUAGGUUUACGUAAUUUCUAGGUGAACCAGGUGCGUACACAGCUCGAGCAAGACAUUUGUCGUGUCUUUACAGUGAUUAAAUUAAAUAACAUGCUAUUUUCAAAUCGAUUACCUAACUUUGAAUUAUUUGAUUAAAUUAAUCAGGCAAUAACUAACUCAUUAGGAAUCCGGGGCACCACGGAAGCAUUAGAUUAUAUAGAGCGGCUGUCUUCCGAAUCCACUCUUAAAGAUCUGAAGAUCUUUUAUAUCAAUAGCGGUCAAUCAUUAAUUAUUCUUUACCUUCUAUCAGUCUCAUCUGAAUGUCGUAAAAAUGAUUGAUUAUCUCCACAAACCCUAGCAUAAAUUAUGAAUCACCAAUAUACAAAUUUGCUUGAUUAUUUAUUUACUAACUAAGUAAAUAAUCACAGAAAUACAUAAAAACAAAUAGUAGGUAUUGGUUACUAACCAUGAUGGAAAAGUCCCUAGUGGGCUAAGCCAAUAUGACGGCUUGGUAGACAAAGGGAAGGGGGUGUGGCCUGAGAAAGAGCGGGAAAGACAACAUGGAUUCACUACACACAGUCUAUAAUUAUAUUAAUUGAAAUGCUAAUCCUUUGCACAUGAACGGCCACUCAUUCGAGAAUAAAUGUAAUGUGUAUAUAUAUUUACGCCCGUAUGUUGUUAUUCUCUUCUCUGUUGGAAUACUCAAUCGUGCUGUAGGGUUCAUCAGAGUCUCUCGUUAACUUUCAUUGAAGUCACAGUCUUUCCUGGUUAGAAUGGAUACUUCAAAGUACCAUUCAGAAAUGUUCUCAUAGAAUAGGUGCUUCGGCGGUAGUCUAUAUUCGUCCUAGAUUUUUAGUGUCAGAUUAGUAAUUAUACGUCUAAGAUUUGCUCUUAUUCUGUAGGGAUCGAUAGUCUCAAAUUUAACAAUUUCCAGCCGUGUAGCCAAUGCUCCACGUGGUAUAGUCUUGUCCUUUGGUAGAGUUGUAGUUUAAACCACUUCGCACACCAGCGUCCCCCGGCAUGUUUUGGUCUUAGAAAUUCAACCAUUUGCAACCUUAGCUUACACCUGGGGUUGUGUGGUUUGGUGUGAAUUUCACCAGGAGUGGGUUUUAUACGUUUCAGUAGAAAAGGGUGGUUCCACGACACUGACGUAAUGUCUCUGCUCACGUGGGCGGGGCCACUGGUUAGUUAAUAUUGAUAUGAAAACCCUAUACUCUCAUUUAGAAGCUUAACAUCACAUUACAUAUUUUCACAAAUAGUUCCAUGUUUAAUCACAUACGUUUCGUAAUAUUUAGAUGUAAACCUUACAGCUGGGAAAUUCACACUUUAAGAGAUACCAUUAUGUGUGUUUCUUGUCCUUCAUGAGAUCACCAAAUGAAACACACUCAACAUAAAUGUCCCUUAAGUGUCUACGGAUCAUUCCCACAUUCUCAAAAAUAGAAAGAAUGUUUAAUUCUCACAUUUUGGGGAUUUAGGAGUUUGGCCAAGUGAAGUUCUUUGUUCUCUCUCUCUGAAUACUGCAUGGUAGUUUAUAUCCAGUGUUUAUGACCUAAGGUACUAAACCUGGUUUUCGGAGAGAGAGACUAAUCGAGAGAGUUUGGGGGAGCCACGAUCUACACCCAAAAGGGUCAUAUCAUGACACAUGCAUCAGCAUUUCUCUGACUACGUUCCUCCAUUGAGUAAAAAAACCUACUGAUUCCAGGAGGACCAUGAGCUGUUGCUAUCGAUAAGGUGUCUGAUUCAUCAUUUUCACCUCGAAUAGAAGUAGAGGGACUUUCGUAAGAGGUUGCUUGUUGUCAGCGCUGAGGGAACUUUAUGCACUUGGCCAGAUGAUUCUGCAUCUUUGUUGCAUUCUUCACAUAUGAUUUGGCACAGUAUUUGCAAAUGUACACAGCUUUUCCUUCUACAUUAGUGGCAUUUUCCUGUAAAGAUUAGAGAAAGAAAUGGUCAAAUAAACCAAAUAUGCAAUUCCAUGUACAGAUAACUAGUUAAGUAGUUAGAUUAAACAACUCCUUUGUAAGAUAAAUGUUUAUUCACUGAAAGAAUAAAUGUUUUGUUUUCGAAAUGAUAGUUUCCGGAUUUGACAAUAUUAAUGACCAUAGGCUCGUAUUUCUGUGUGUUUAUUAUAUUAUAAUUAAGUCUAUGAUUUGAUAUUUGAUAGAGCAGUCUGACUGAGCGGUGGUAGGCAGCAGCAGGCUCGUAAGCAUGAAUUCAAACAGAACUUUACUGCGUUUGCCAGCAGCUCUUCGCAAUGCUUGAAGCACAGCCCUGUUUAUGACUUCAAGCAUAUCAACUCCAGAGAUUAGGCUGGCAAUACUAAAGUGCCUAUAAGAACAUCCAAUAGUCAAAGGUAAAUGAAAUACAAAUGGUAUAGAGAGAAAUAGCCGACAGGUCAUAAUUCCUAUAAUAACUACAACCUAAAACUUCUUAACUGGGAAUAUUGAAGACUCAUGUUAAAAGGAACCACCAUCUUUCAUAUGUUCUCAUGUUCUGAGCGAGGAACUUAAACGUUAUCUUAUUUACAUGGCACAUAUUGCACUUUUACUUUCUUCUCCAACAUUGUGUUUUUGCGCUAUUUAAACCAAACGGAACAUGUUUCAUUAUUUAGAGACUAAAUAGAUUUAAUUUAUGUAUUAUAUUAAGUUCAAAUAAGUGUUCAUUGUUCAUUCAGUAUUGUUGUAAUUGUCAUUAUUACAAAUAUAUACAUAAAAAUCGUCCAAUUUAAUUGGUAUCGGCUUUUUUUGGUCCUCCAAUAAUCGGUUCGGCGUUGAAAGAACAUAAUCGGUCGACCUCUAGUCAGUACAUGAGUUUUCUCCAGUUUGAAGCUACACAGUAGCACAGUAGGUGUCUGUCUGUCACAGGAGGUUGGUGACACCUUCAUUUGGGAGAACGGGCUUGUGGUAAUGACUGGAGCGGAGUCAGUGGAAUGGUAUUAAAUACAUCAAACACAUGGUUUCCAGGUGUUUGAUGCCAUUCCAUUUGCUCCGUUCCGGCCGGUCUUAUCAGCCGUCCUCCCCUCAGCAGCCUCCUGUGCUGUCUGUGUGCAGGUACUGUAGUAACCCUGAUAUGUCCUAAUCCUUAUCCUGACUGCUCGAAAGUAGUGUGCACACAUCCAUCUAGCACUGACUGAAACAGCGGGAGCAGUCAACAGUGUGCUGGUGUCUAUUGUUUUUUUUCAUCAGUAAUCCUCACUGCUUCUUGUCUCUCUACCAAAUGCACCCAGACAGUGCCCUGUUUAACCCGGGGCUGCAUGGCCAGUUUGUGGAGCUGAACGAGGCCUACAGGGUGCUGAGUAAGGAGGUGUCCCGGAGAGAGUACGACCUGCGGCUACAGCACCCUUUUACCGGGGGACAGGCCUUCAGACCCACCUCCACACAACCCCAGGAGAGUAUGCGCUACUAGGAUCAGUUCAAACCCUGUCAACCUGAGGAGUGGGGGAGGAAGAUGAACUUUAGAAUAAUUAGCUACUGUAUGCUCAUCAUGUGACUGAGCUUCUCUUCAGACAGUUGGAGUCUGUCCAUAACAACUUCACGGACGAGAAGAACAGGUCAUCAAGCAGAUCUACAAUGAGGGCAAGAGUGAACGGGUUUAAGAAGCAGACAGAGAUUCUCAGACAGAAUUCUCAGGAGAAACACAAAAUCACUUGCAACAAGUAGGAGUUUAGUAGAAUACGAGCACAUGGUAAAACAAGGGGGAUUGAUUUGGCCGAACACCUCGGAAGAGGAAUGGAGUCAGUCAGGAAGGCGAGUGAACGGUUGAUUGAGUUGGGAGUAGUUAACUUUUUCAGUGGUUUGUGGCAGACGUUGAUGAUCUGCACAGCUCUCGUUUGCUUGGACCUUGGAUACUAAGUCAAGGAGUUAAAAAACAAGUGUGUAAUACCUGGGUGAAACGGAAACAGUAAUGGGGUACAUGUCUUUGUCACAGUAAAGCCUCGCCCCACAGCCAUUCUAGGUUUCUCCAGGAGGAGAAUACGUUGUGGAGGUUUGGUCUGGUAUCACAAGACUAACCGCAGUAGGUCAUUAGCAGCACAUCUCUUCCGCUAUUGGAUGGAACCAAGACUCCUGUUAGCCAGUUGCUAAUUGGUUUGCAUACCCGUGACAUGAUGCUUUCCCCACAGCCGUUCAGAGGCAGUCUCAACAAGAUUCAUGGGACUGUGUGAAUUUGCCCACUGGAGAUGGGGCAUUCCAGAUAUUGUGUUCCGUAAUGUAAGCCUAUGGUUGCAUACUGUAAAGACUUUAAUCAAAGGUAGAAUCCCUUAAUGACAGAAAGGGGGUGCUCUGCACAGCUGCCCUUGAACCACUGGGAUUCAGUUAUUGCUCUGUGUGUCAAUGAUAUCAUGGAUCUUUUGACUCUGCUACUGGGCCCAUGGUGGACCCAAAUACAGUCAUAAAAAUAUACUGUUCGGGACAGGAGUUUUUCCUGACAAUGUUACCUACAUGCAAUAUUAAUGGCUUUCUGCUUUUCCUGGUUAUGUGAUGAGGAACAACUGUCCCUAGAUAUACUAUAUACUUUCCCAUUGAAAGGACAUGGAAUCAAGAGACAUUUUGAAAAUUAAGUCAUAUUAGGACUUUUUAAAAUGGUAUUUAAUUGUGCACUUCUCUGAUGUUGAAGAAUUCAUUUUAGGAAGGGUAAUUAUACUAUGGAAAGUACUGAAGUGCCACGCAGGCAGAUUUAUUGAGAUUAGAAAUGUAUUUAAUUUAUUGCUGUGGUGACGGCCAACCGACACUUACCAUAAGUCACAGAUUGUGUUUCAGUGAUGUUUAAUGACAGCCUUAACUCUUCACGGUGUCGUGGAGUCAUGCAAUGAUGAAUAACUUAGUAAACACUGUUCCUCUGAUCUCAACCAACAACCUCCAAUGUUUCAUUUUGAGUUUGUUUCUCACCUGAUUCCACGCUUGCAUGUCCUGUCAGGUUUGGGAGUUAGCGAGUGGUGCAGUGUGUUAAUGACUCUAUGGCCUUGUGUUGUUUCUCAAGCCCUUAGCUGAAACCACAGGAGAUAACAGGUCCCCGCAUACCGACAUCCCCUAUGUAGUGCACAAGUGCCCCCUCAUAACCAAAACACACCAAACUGACAGAGACUCUUCUGUCGACGUAAAGACAAACUGAUGGGAGACAGGGUUCACUGUACGGUCUGUGCUGCUGAUCAAGGUUUUGUAAGCCUCUGACUGUGACCUAGUGCUGCUGAUCAAGGUUUUGUAAGCCUCUGACUGUGACCUAGUGCUGCUGAUCAAGGUUUUGUAAGCCUCUGACUGUGACCUAGUGCUGCUGAUCAAGGUUUUGUAAGCCUCUGACUGUGACCUAAAUUAGUUGUGCAAAUGUAUUAUUCCAACCAAAUAAAUGAUGAAUAUCAAUUCACUGGGGGUGAUCAGUUAGUGGUCUGUGUGUUUUAUGUGUCUGUCUGUGAGAGCUUGGAUGUGGAUUUGGGUGAAUGAUAUAAAGAGAUCUUAGUGCAAUAAAAUGACCCCCUUUAUUGUAUCGUUACUAUAAAAUGUAUUAUGUGGCUGAGAAAGGGGAGUGGUAAAUGAUUGAUUGACCUGCUGAAUGACGAAUUGAAGGGCGACGUUCACCUGUGUCCAGUGCGCGGGUGCGUCCAUGUCAUUUUGAAAAAGUUGGCAGUGCAAAGGUUACGCGGAAUUCGGAGUGCGUCGAGUGGAGUGCGCCUUUUAAUUGUGAUCUGAAGGGCAAAGGACAUGAGCAACCAAUCAUAACAGACCAAGAGACGCUGUCAAGGACCCUUCUCUUUGUGGACUGCUCUGGCACUAUUAACUUCUGUAUGUUAUUAUCAAAGAGGACAAAAGGAUAAGUCGCGGCGGCACAUGCGUCUUCAACGAAACGUCAUCUAGGCUAUUUCUCCGAGACACCGCUGUGGAUAGGCUGCGCAGUGUCAUGAGAUGUGCGUUCGGCACCGUAGCCUCUGUGAUUCAAGACAUUAGUGUUGGAUCGUAAAUAAGUGCUUUUUGUCCUUUUUAAACGUUUUUAGAGACAAGGAUACAAUAUCGCAAAAUAUCUUAUCGGGACUAUAAAUGGACCUGUAGUCACGCUACUACUGACGCUCAACCACGGACCGUUUCAUGGGUUUCUGGCCAGCAAUGGGCGAAUUGUAACCGGUUUACAUACCCGAACCUCUGGCUUUGGAAUAUUGGGGGCCAUCAUUCAAAGUUCACACAACUCUCAGUAAAAUAGAUGCAACCAAACUGUAUUGAAUUGAACGUGAACGACUGAGAUUUAUUAAACUAGGCUAUUUGUCAAUAUGCAAAAUGCAUAUGUGCGCGCUUGAUUGCCAUGAAUGAUUUGGCCGAUUGAUGGCAUUCGAUUAUAAAUUGUUAUAUUGUAGCCAAAUACAUUGUGCAAUUGUUGAUGAAUUAAGUUACAAUCUCAAGCCACUCAUUUGAAUGUUAGCCUACUCAUUUGCCAUAGACGGAUUCAUAAUUACUUGUAUGUAUACAUGAAUAUAUUUCACGUUCUUAACAAACGGAAAGGGAAUGACACCCCGUCUGUCAAUCCAUAACAUGGAACCUAAGGACUGCAGAUUGAAUAUUGAUUGAGUGGAGUGAAAAGACAAAAGAAAAUCAUCAAUUCAUUUACAGAAAAUUAGGCUUUUUGGAGUUCUGCACAAUGGGGAUUAUGCUUCAAGUUAUUCUAGGAAUGUUUCAGUUCCUCUUGCUCUCCAGAAUACCCACGUCCCAUGCUAAGCUAGCCCACUGGAGACCUGCGGACACCACCCCCAAAUCUAGAGAAGUGCGUCGGUGGUUGGAGGUGUACUCUCGGAGUGGUUGUGAGCCCAGGGAUACCCUGGUGGAGGUGUGGCGGGAGUUGCCGGGAGAGACGCAUCACCUCUUUGUGCCUUCCUGUGUGUCGGUCCGCCGCUGUGGUGGGUGCUGCUCCGACGAGGCACUGGAGUGUGUGCCCUCACUCACACACUCUAUCACCAUGGAGCUAAUGAAGACCUCCUUCAUGAAGCAUGAGCUCAUUGAGCUGGACUUCGUUGAGCACAGCCAGUGUGAGUGCAGACUAAAAGAGAAUCUUCAAUCAGCCCCUACCAGGCCUGCAAAGCCUCUGAAGAAAGGCAGGAAAAGGGAGAGAGGAAAAUCCAAACGAAAGAAAAGUGGAACUAUACCCUCCUCUCCCCCCACUACGCCCUCUCCUCCCCCGACCACCCCGUCUCCCUUGCCAGGCCCUCGAUGUACCCCCUGUCCUGGGAGGAAGUGGACACUCGAUUUGCAUUCGUGUCGGUGUCGCUGCAACGUGACCACAGAGAGCUGCAGUCAGAAAGGGAGGAGGCUCAACCAGCACCUCUGCAGAUGUGAGGCCAGGAGGCGGUGAUGCUCUUUCUCUCCGCUGGUUCCAGACUCACUCUCAUCCAUGCUCAUCCACUCUCAUCCAUGCUAAGCAGAAGUCUGGGUAACAAAGAGGAGUGGAGGAUGUACCCCUAACUCUCCUCUUCCUUGUCCUCCAGAACCACCAAGUCAGUGCAGUAUUACAACGUAAAUAUAUGUACCUGUGUGUAGAGCUGUAUAUGUGUAGUCAGUCUCAUCACACAGCUUCUUCAGGCGCUUAGCUGCUCUCGUCCAGUCAACGUGUAUGUAACACUCUCCUUCACAGGAGUAAAUGAUGGGACCAAAUGUAAAGCACAGUUUAGAUGUCUGGAAACAUGAGGGCGAUGUGAGGUAGUGAGUCGCCAGGACGUUAGUUGUGGACCAGACAGAAUUCAACACUCACACCUCCAAUGCUGUACUGUAUGGGACAUUGGGACUUUGGACAUGAAGAGGAUUUAAAGACUGAUCACAGAUCAGAUUUAACAGACGUGUUCAUGUUGAGUUUUGUUGUCUUCAUAGACACGGUGGGUCAGUUUUGCCCAUGAACUGCUAUUGGACUGUUUUGCAGAAAGACAAUGGCAACAGACAUAAUGAUCCUGAUAUUGAUACGUGUGUUAUAUUUUGUGUACAGGGAGACCCCCGAUAGGAGAAUGAUUCCAGGGUCAAGUCAUUAAAGUGCAGUAAGGAUAUAGAAUAGUGAAUGAACAUACAUGCACACACGCACACAUGUACACACACACAUGCACACACGUACCAGCUAUUUGUUGUGUGUAUAAAGCCGUCAGGGAUACCCCAUGGACCUAUAGCUAAGUGAGUUGAAUAGCUGCAUAGACUGUAUCUGUGUGGUCUACACACUGAAUGGCACAGAUGGGUUAACAUGCCACAGUUAGUCUCUCUCAUUCACAGCAUAUGGUCACAGGCUGGAUCACUGAGGGGUUGUACAGGCUGGAUCACUGAGGGGUUGUACAGGCUGGAUCACUGAGGGGUUUUACAGGCUGGAUCACUGAGGGGUUGUACAGGCUGGAUCACUGAGGGGUUGUACAGGCUGGAUCACUGAGGGGUUUUACAGGCUGGAUCACUGAGGGGUUUUACUGGCUGGAUCACUGAUGGGUUGUACAGGCUGGAUCACUGAGGGGUUUUACAGGCUGGAUCACUGAGGGGUUUUACAGGCUGGAUCACUGAGGGGUUGUACUGGCUGGAUCACUGAGGGGUUGUACUGGCUGGAUCACUGAGGGGUUGGACAGGCUGGAUCACUGAGGGGUUGUACAGGCUGGAUCACUGAGGGGUUUUACAGGCUGGAUCACUGAGGGGUUUUACAGGCUGGAUCACUGAGGGGUUUUACAGGCUGGAUCACUGAGGGGUUUUACAGGCUGGAUCACUGAGGGGUUUUACAGGCUGGAUCACUGAGGGGUUUUACAGGCUGGAUCACUGAGGGGUUGUACAGGCUGGA